AAAUAUGACUUUCUAAUGUCUUACAAUGACGAUCGAGACGACGGAAAAUAUUACAAGAAGUCAAUUGGCAAGACUAAUACAUGCACGUGAUCGUGAGAUUGAGUGGGAUAAGAGAGAUAGAGAAAGGGAAUUAGCUGAAGUGGAAGAUAUGAGGAGAAGUGUGGUUGAACGAGGAGGAAAACAUGUCGAAGAACGUUUAGUACAGGUUUUCCCCAAUGAUCUACAUUUUAAGAUCGAGAAGAGAGCUUUUAAACAUUUGACAGACAAAGAAGUGGAAGAGGAAAUCAUUUCUACAACUGAAGACGAAGAGCCUGGCGAAACUGUUGAUCUAACUAACAACGAGGAAGAGGACAUUGUCCAAUUUACUGAAGUUUCCGAAGUUAUUGAAGAUAAACAAAUUGGUUUUACGGCUCUAAAACUAAGUGGAUUUAAUUUUUUGUGA